AUGGAUGCAAUGGAUAUCGACGAUGUGACACUCGCGUUGGUCAGACAAGUUGAACGACUACGCCUGAAUGAUCCAGAUGAAAUCGCUUUGAUUAGACAAAUUGAACAACUACAUCUGGAUGAUGAUCCAGAUGAACUGGACAGUAAUAUCACAUUAGAUAGAGAAGAACCUAUGUUAGGGGAUUGUGACGAUGUCGAGCAAAGCCAAAGUAGUCAGAGCUCGAGUUUGAGUAGUCAGAGCUUCAUGGAGGAAUCUCAAUCGUCAGAUUUCCAGUUCGAUGAGUCGCAGACAUCCUCGUUCUCCUCCUCCACGCCAUACGUCAAAUACCUUCCAACGAUUUUCUCACCUGCUUCGCACGUUCCGUACAUGACCACCACCAACAACUGGAUAACUGCGUACUUUAACGAGUAUACCGCUAGUCUAUCCAACGUGGAAAGAUUUACGCGGUACUGUAGGCCUUCCUUUCGCCUGAAUUACAACCAAUUGCAAUCCCAGUCUGGUCCUGACAAUUUUGUCAUCCCAACCACCAAAUGGAUUGCCGUGAACCGUGGAUUAUCUUCGCUCGAGUCUACUUCUCUACCUCGCAUUCCAGAGCUCAAAGCUGCGUUCGACGCGCUCGCCAGUGUACACCAAACCAAUGGCCACUCAAUAUUAACCGUUUCUAAACUCGAUAACCUCGCAAUAAAAUACAACAUACUAUCUGGCAAAUGGUUGAUCUUCACGAGUGUCAAUACAGUGGAUGCAUUAUGGCAAGAUGUUGUACAGAUGGUGUGUAUGUAUCGUCAACGAGGCUUUGCAAAGGUCUCCGUGAACCAAGAAGAGGAAGUGGGGAAAAUGAAUAACAGUAGGGUGAUAUGUGUCUAUGUAGAGGAUUUUACGGAUCUGGAAGAAGUGAGAAGUCUAAGAGAUGAUUUGAGGACGGUCGUUGGUGUGGAGAGGAAGAUCCCGUUCAAGAUGGAUGCAUAUUCACAUAUGGGAAUAUACAAAGGGAAUAAGUGGGGUAUCUCCCCUGCGAGGUGGUUUGAAUAA